AUGGACGGAUGGUCAAUCGCAUGACAGCGACGGGAAAGACGUAAAGAAAUAGCAUCCCUUGUGUAUUCCAAUUGGUAGGUUUAUUGCAUUGUUAUUGUAAAAAGACAGUGGACACCUUCGGACAUAUUCACACGCCCAUGCGACGAGGAUAUGAGAUGGAUAUGAUAUAGCCUAGCAAACUAGGCUAUACAUGUCAUUCAAAAAUAAUGAGAGUUUAAAUAUCUGUCAUCUCUAUUAUCAGAAGAGACCGUAAACCGAAGGGAGACAUCGCAAUUGGAUUAUAAGUGUCUGUCAUUUGUCGCCAAUAACUAUUCUUUUUUAUCCUUAUUACAAUGAAGAUGGUGGAUUCUUCUCCCACGGACUUCGCUACAACCCAAGGGGACACAUUUUCGAAGUGGAUUUCAUCUAAUGUUCAUUUCACUGUCGCGAUUCGUAGCGACAUCGCCGUCGGCGGUGCACCGUCGAGAUACAUUGAUAAUAACAUGCAUAACGUUAAUAGCUACUCAUUCCUAUACAUAUAGCCUAAUGCACUUGCAUCCGUCUUGUCGUUUCGUGGUUUGGGUAGCUAUAGCUAACUGGCUAGCUGGCUUUGCGCGGCUGUAAUUUAACAAGGAUAGAUACAAGAAUAUAGCUAAGGCAAUGAGGUGUGCAAUGGCGCUAUGGUGAUAGCUAAAAUGAAUGGUUGAUGAUACAUCUUAGCAGUUCAAAUAAUAGUAAGCUAAUGGGCACGAUUACACUAGCCUAAAUUAUCAUAUCGAUUAUGGUGACAGCGGUGGCUCGUGUGCUUAUUUCUGACAUGGUUCUAGCUCAAAGACACCAUUUGAAAUAUUUGAUGCACUUUAUGGCUGUCGUUCGAUAAAUGUAUGUAUCCUGCUUGAGGGCAAACAUUGAGAUUCGUGUGUUCGGGUUCCCUACUCUUUUCCCAUUAUAUUUGCUUACGGUGUCUGUAGCACCAGGGAAAGAAACAUACGUAUGCAACGCAGGGUACAUUGUGGCCGAUAUGCAGAACGAGCGAUCGCAAGGCUACUCUUGUUUUGACCAUGCAAUGCGAGAAUUUUGAAACCCAACUGCGUUAGCCAGCAAGGUCUCCGAGUGCUUUUUAAACGUCAAUUUAAAAGCAUUUAAACUGGCUUACAUGUUUCCUGAUCACGAGGAUUACGACAAACAAGGCCAAUGACCAUAAGCAUUUCUAUAGAUACGCGUCAUCUCAUGAGACUGACUGCUGUUUUUCGCAGUGAUAUUCGGGCAAGAUGCAUGCAGUUCUAGCCAACUGACCCAGCGUAUACUAACUUGGUGGGGGUACAACCAAAACAAAUCGAGUCCGCCAGGGCUGUGCUCCAGGCAGUGCAGAGAAGCCAUUCAGCUGUUAGCAUAAAUAUCUUUGUUUUAUUUUGAUACAUUUGAAACACACACACAUUUCAUAUAGGCUACGGCAUAAUUUACUGUUAUUGUUAUUAGCUGAACCAAAUCAUUCGGCAGAGCUCUUUCUCAUUUGUGCGGGCCACCUGAAAUAAUAAAUGCAGACAAGAUGCUGCGCAAUCUAUUUAAAUGCCACCACUCACAACGAGGCUGGAUGGAGAGUCGCUAGUUAUGUAAAUGAAUUAAAUUGUGAUGUCUGACGUAUGAAAAACGGAAAACCCCACAGAAUCGUAGGGAGGACUCACUAGCUGUUUCUUGGGGAAAUAUUGCUGUCACACCACCAUAUAUAUAUAUAUAUUGUAGCUAAGGAAUCGCAGGGGAGGGGUCGUGGGGUGAAAAAUACACACUCGGUGGUCUGGCACGGGACUACUGCAUGUUGUUGCAAUGCAAUGCGGAGUUCACCGUCUCUAUCCCGUAAGACUGAAACGCCACGUUGGGUCAGUUGUAAACUCAAGAGGGGCACAGUGGCAAACGCAAUGUCCGUACAUUUAUUUAUUAAUAGCAAGCCUGCUGAGCUGUCGGUGACGCAUCUAUUCCUUUGCAUUACAACUUGAGCAGGUGCUCAGCAAGCUCUUGUUUGCGGUCAAGACAAUGGAAAAGCCGAAACCCUUUGCCUACUGCGUCCCGGAUAGCUAUAGAUUUACAGUAAGCACGUCGUCGCCCGACGGACCGGUACUCUCAUGAAACUGUCCAUAAAUGACAAUACAGGGUGUACCAGCGGCAACAGUGACUACCAGUGACUACCCCCCUGCAGCAGCGAAAAUAAUGUAACCGGGGAAACCGCUGAUUUCUUCACUGAUAUCUCUCUGCUGACCCUCCGUAAGCAAGGGUUUGGACUCGGCGGGGGUGGGCUCUGCAUGGAUUUUGUGCAUGCCUUGAGACAGGGCCCGACCCAGCCUCUGAGCCCACACCGCUGACCCCGCGGGCCGCGGCCGGCAUGGACCCGUCCGGCCAAAUGAGCGGCACCGCCGCCCCGCUGCCCUGCGCGAGCUGCGGGGGGUGCCUGCCCCCCUCCGACGCCUGCGCCCCUCCCCCCGGCCCGCCCCCGCCGGCCGAGAACGGCGGCAGCUGGAACUCGUGCGCGCUGUCCUCCGACUCCCCGGACUCCCACGCCCCGCACCACCACCACCACCACCACCACCUCCACCAGGGCGGCGACAGCCCCUUCUGGACGGCGGUGUUCGACUACGAGGCCACGGCGGACGAGGAGCUGACCCUGCGCCGCGGGGACGUGCUGGAGGUGCUCUCCAAGGACUCGAAGGUGUCCGGGGACGAGGGCUGGUGGACGGGGAAGAUCCGGGACAAGGUGGGCAUCUUCCCCAGCAACUACGUGACGCGGCGCGACGGGGCCUACCGGCCGCCGCUGCCCCCGGAGGGCCUGGUGGGCGGCGGCGACUGCCCGCUGGAGAUCGACUUCGCCGAGCUGCGGCUGGAGGAGGUGAUCGGCGCCGGCGGGUUCGGGAAGGUCUACAAGGGCGCCUGGCGCGGCGAGGAGGUGGCGGUGAAAGCGGCCCGGCAGGACCCCGACGAGGACAUCAGCGUCACCGCGGAGAACGUGCGGCAGGAGGCCCGGCUCUUCUGGAUGCUGCGGCACCCCAACAUCAUCUCCCUGCGCGGCAUGUGCCUGAAGGAGCCCAACCUGUGCCUGGUCAUGGAGUACGCCCGCGGGGGCGCCCUGAACCGGGCCCUGGCCGGGAGGAGGGUCUCCCCCAGGGUGCUGGUCAACUGGGCCGUGCAGAUCGCCACGGGCAUGGACUACCUGCACAACCACACCAUCGUGCCCAUCAUUCACAGGGACCUGAAGUCCAGCAACAUUCUGAUCCUGGAGCAGGCGGACAGGGAGGACUCAUGCUGGAGGACGCUGAAGAUCACGGACUUUGGGCUGGCCCGGGAGUGGCACCGCACCACCAAGAUGAGCGCGGCGGGAACCUACGCCUGGAUGGCGCCGGAGGUCAUCAAGCUGUCCCUCUUCUCCAAGAGCAGCGACGUCUGGAGUUUCGGCGUGUUGCUAUGGGAGCUGCUGACGGGCGAGGUGCCGUACCGGGAGAUCGACGCCCUGGCGGUGGCGUACGGCGUGGCCAUGAGCAAGCUGACCCUGCCCAUCCCGUCCACCUGCCCCGAGCCCUUCGCUCGCCUGCUGGAAGAGUGCUGGUGCCCCAACCCGCACGGACGGCCCACUUUUGACAGCAUCCUGAAGCGGCUGCAAGCCAUUGAGCAGUCGGCCAUGUUCCAGAUGCCCCUGGAGUCCUUCCACCUGCUGCAGGAGGACUGGCGCAUGGAGAUUCAGCAGAUGUUCGACGAGUUGCGGGCCAAGGAGAAGGAGCUGAGGUCCUGGGAGGAGGCGCUGGCGCGGGCGGCGGAGGAGCAGCGGGAGCAGGAGGAGCAGCUCCGCCGCAGGGAGCAGGAGCUGGCUGAGCGGGAGAUCGACAUCGUGGAGCGCGAGCUCAACAUCAUCAUCCACCAGAUGUACCAGGAGAAGCCGCGCGUCAAGAAGCGCAAGGGCCACUUCAAGAAGAGCAGGCUGCUCAAGCUGGGCCGCGACAGCAACCGCAUCAGCCUGCCCUCUGGCUUUGAGCAUAAGAUCACAGUGCAGGCUUCCCCCAGCGUGGACAAGAGGAAACCGCAGGGCAGCGAGAUCACCACCCCGCCCGCCAGCCCAGGGAUCAUUCCCCGACUGAGGGCCAUACGCUUGACGCCCAGUGAUGGCAGUAAGACCUGGGGUCGCAGUGCCGUGUGCAAAAAGGAGGACCUGGCGGCCAAUAAGAAGAAAGGUCGCACCUGGGGCCCCAGUUCCACCCAUCAGAGAGAGCGGCUGGGCGGAGAGGACAGGCUGAAGUCUCUUGGCGAAGGGUGUAAGCAGUGGUCCUCCAGCGCCCCAAAUUUGGGCAAGUCCCCCAAACACAUCCCCAUGAGCGGAGGUUUCGCCAGCCUCAAUGAAAUGGAGGAGCACUCCGAGUCCCAGGACUCCCCCGGGUCCCAGCAGCCCUCGGAGACGGACAGCAACGGCGCCCUGGAGGAGGGCGGGGCCUCCUGGGUGGGGGUGGGGCCCGGGACGGGGCCCCCGGAUUCGACCCGCCGCGGGGGCCAGCGGAAGAAGAGCGACCUGGUCCUGCUGGGCUGCGCCGCCCUGCUGGCCUCCGUGGGCCUGGGGCAGGACCUGGCCCAGCUGGGCCGCCUGCAGGUGUGCCAGGAUGGGGAGGAGCAGAAGGAGGAGCAGCGUAAGAAGAAGGAGGGGCUGUUCCAGCGGGCGGGGCGCUUCCGCCGAAGCACCUCCCCCCCGAGCCGCACCCUGUCGCUCUCGCUGUCCCACGGGCGGCACGAGUCCACCCUGCCCAACCUGGACCCCUCCCCCUCCGUCACCCUGCUCUCGCUGUCCUCGCUGUCCGACUGCAACUCCACCAAGUCCCUGCUGCCCUCCGACCCCGACGACCCCUUCCUGACCCCGGCCGGCCCCGCCCCCGGCCCCACCCCCUCCCCCGGCCCCGCCCUCAACCCCCUGCUGGACCUGCGGGCCGAGAGCUUCAAGCGCGAGCCCAACCAGUCGCUGACGCCCACGCACGUGUCCGCCGCGCUCGCCCUCAACCGCGGCCACCGCCGCACGCCGUCCGACGGCGCCAUCCGACCCCGCGCCCAGACCCUGGGCCACCGCCGCACCCCCUCCGACGGCAGCGUGCCCCUCACCCCCAGCCCCGGCCCCACACGCAGUAAAGGUUCCCGGGACGCGCUGGAGAUCCCACGCCUGCCCGACCCCUCCACCCUCUUCCCGCCGGCGCACCGCCGCAAGGCUCUCCCCCCGCCCCCCCCCGAGCGGGACGGCCCGGCCUCGGGGGGCACCCUGGAGCGGCCCAAGACGCUGGAGUUCGCCCCGCGGCCGCGGCCCACGCCGGCCCGGGCGCGGCCGGACCCGUGGAGGCUGGGCUCCCUGUCCCGAACUCUGAGCUCCUCCCCGGGGAGCAGCUGCGACAGCCCGCUGGGGUCUGGGGACGGGCCCGGGGCCACGGGGCCGGGCCAGCCCAACCUGCUGGACGUGGACACUGAGGGGCAGAGCCAGGACAGCACUGUGCCCCUGUGUGGGCAGAACGCCCCUCCCCCUCCCCUCUGUGGGCAGCACAUCUCCUAGCGUACGCCCCCCGCCUCUGCUCCUGACCACCUUCUGCCGCCCCGCCACCUCUCAUCUCUGCUCUCUCUUACACGCAGACGACAUACCAAGACCGCACAGGCUCGACCGGUGUUGCCUCUUGUGCUUAAUGUUAAUUUAUUCCUCGGGAGUUGGACUACUGUUAUUUUUUAUAUAUAAAUAUAAUAUAGUCAGCAUUUCAUUUCAUUUUUCUUAAAUGCAAGCAUUAUUCCUGCCAACGUGUAUGUGAGUGCUUUUGCAGAACUAGGUAAGGGCGCUCUAUGAGACAGCGAAUCCAGGGUUGAACACACUGCGUCAGUAAUGUACUCUUCACAAGGCCUGGAACUGGAUUUGAAACAGCCGAGAGUAGUCAUUACUAUUAUUAUUAUUUUUUCUGAGCAUACGCUGUAUGAAUGCAGUGUGCGAAAACCCUUGUAUUCAUAAGGAUGUACCGCUAAUGGCCCUAUUCGUAGUAUGGAUAUACGUGUGCCUGUGAGCGUUAUGUAGCAGAAGACAAGAGCGUGAAGAAUACCCCGUCCAUACCCUUCAUCCCCUAAUUACACGGUACAUUUUUGCUGUUUACAAGAUAAAAUUCCCUCGUUCUCUCCUUCUAAUAACAGCCGCAGACAGCUUGGCAGUGUUGCACAGCCGGGAAAGGGGGAGGGAGAUUGGGGGAAAAACAGGAAAAUGAGGGUUUAUAUCAUAACGCGCAACGCGUGCGUUUCACAGCGCACAGCUUUCAACGCUCUUUUAAAACUACCUGUUUUGUACCACGACUUACCAAACAUUCCUUUCGGAGAAUGAUACUUUCAAACGUAUCUUAUUCGUGUUAUUUUCCCUAAAAGCGCUACAGAGGUGUGAAAAAAUAAAAGAGGCGCGAUGACACAGCGACUGUGUUUCUGGCCAACACCGGGUACCACUGGGUGAAGACACGUGCGGAUCUGGGUCCUGCGCAACUUCUGGAGCAACUCGCGAACUAUUGAUGCAAGGCUUGUCUUUC